AUGAAAUUCACUUCCAGCAUUCCAAUCUUAACAUUAGCUAUAAGUGCAUUGGGCUAUGGAGCUGUAACCGGAACAGUAUCCAGCAGCAGUAAAACUGUGCACUUUGGAGAAAUUGACACACAAGAGAUUAAGGUGUUGCCUAUAGAGUCAGUUAAGGAUUUCAUUGAUAUCAAACUCAAGUAUGGCCAAUUAGAUGGUCAGCCAGAACAAAUUAUGCUCAGCUUAAGCGACGCCAAGAAGGCCAGCCUAGUUACACAUUACGUUCCUCAAGUUAAGAGUGCCAAUAUUAGAUACACCAUUAAGGCAAGCUCAAUUCCAGAUGUUUUGAUUUCGAAGGAUGCAUUAACCUUGAGCCUUGUUAUAGCAGACUCCAGUGGUAAAUCCAAUAUAGUGAAAAGAUUGGUAGACAUUAAACCUUCUCCUGGUUUGGCUAGUGCAGCCAACCACGAGAAGAAGAGGUUCAAAUUCGGAAUUCAACCGGAGAUACACCACACAUUCAAAGAGGAUGCCAAAACUGUCAAUCCUAUUGUACCCAUUGUUUUCAUUGCAAUUGCCACCGUUGUAUUUUUGUCGCUUCUUGGAUCCUGGGUUGGAUUCAUUGGAUUAAAUGAUCUUUUUAGAACUGUCAAAUCCACUUCCGGCGGUCAAUUGUUGCAAAAUAUCAGCUUCCUAGUCACCUUGAUUGGGUUUGAGGUAAACUUUUUCAUGUACUACUUGGACCAAUCCAUUUUUACGACAUUGUUCAAUGGCUUCUUUUUGGGUCUUGCUGCUGUUUAUUUUGGAUCUGGCGUGUUGAAAUAUUUGGCUCAAAACCGUGCAUUGGGCAAACAAUAG